GGGUACUUGUUGGGCGAAUCUUUUAUUAUUAUUAUUAUAUGUCAGAGUUGGUAUAGACUUCAGAUUUAUAGCUAUAUAAACCUGAUCCAGUUUUAGCAACCAGAUAUAUAUAUAUAUUUCUUGUUUUUUGUUUUUUUUUUUUUUGGGGUGAAAACACUCCUCACCAACCUUUGUUGGACUCUUGGAUCACAAUAUUGGGUAGUUGUUCGGCGAAUCUUUUAUCUUUUUUACCACAUGUCAGAGUUAGUAUAGACUUCAGAUUUAUAGCUAUAUAAACCUGAUAUAGUUUUAGCAACCAGAUAGGUAAAGUUGAAGAGAACAAUCAAACUUUUUCCAAGCAGUGGAGAUACUCUCCAUCCAGAAAUUUGGGAAUGAAUGCUCCAAUUGUUCAACACAUCUCAGGGUGUUUUAUCAAACCACAGUAUAUAACAGAUGAAUCAAAACAACCCAUUCAUUUGUCACAAUGGGACUUAGCCAUGCUCUCAGUUCAUUACAUCCAAAAGGGUCUACUCUUCAUCAAGCCUCAAGCAGUUGAUGAUCAAGCAGACCCCAUCAAACCUCUCCUGGAAAAGCUCAAAGUGUCCCUCUCUCUUGCUCUCGUUCAUUUCUAUCCGCUUGCCGGUCGCUUAGCCACACUCAAACAAGAAAAUCCACCUUGCUACUCUGUAUUUAUCGAUUGCAAUGACAGCCCGGGGGCCAGAUUCAUCCAUGCAGCCGUGGACUUGACAGUGUCCGACAUCCUUUUGCCUACUGAUGUCCCUCUAGUUGUCCAAUCGUUCUUUGAUCACGACAAAGCAAUUAAUCAUGACGGUCACACCAUGUCUCUGUUAUCAAUUCAGGUGACAGAGCUAGUUGAUGGGAUCUUUAUAGGAUGUUCCAUAAACCAUGUUGUCGUGGAUGGAACAUCUUUCUGGCAUUUCUUUAGGGCAUGGUCAGAGAUUUUCAAAGCACAAGGACAGGACAAUAUUCCCAUUUCUCACCCACCAAUUCACAAGCGUUGGAUUCCUGAGGGCCAUGGUCCAAUUAUCAGCCUUCCUUUUACCCACCAUGAUCAGUUCCUCAGCAGACAUGAAGCACCCCAAAUGAGGGAAAGAGUCUUCCACUUCUCAACAGAGUCCAUAGCAAAAAUCAAAGCCAAAGCCAAUUCAGAAUGCAAGUCCAACAACAUCUCCUCCUUGCAGGCCUUGUCAGCACUUGUUUGGAGGUCCGUCACAAGGGUGCGGCGUCUACCAGCUGACCAGGAGACCAGUUGCAGAAUGGCCAUUAAUAACAGAUCAAGAUUGAGCCCACCAUUGCCCCAGGAAUACUUUGGAAAUUCAAUCCAGACAGUGAGAGGAAUCGCCACAGCUGGACAACUGCUUGAACACAAUCUCGGGUGGGCAGCUUCACUAUUGCAUCAAGCUGUGACUAACCACAGUGACAAUGCAUUAAGAGAGUGGGUUGAGGCAUGGUUUGAGUCUCCCUUUAUAUACCAACUUGGACGGUUCUUUGAUCCCUGCAGCAUUAUGAUGGGAAGCUCACCGCGGUUUGACAUGUAUGGGAAUGAGUUCGGAUUGGGGAAAGCAGUGGCACUUCGUAGUGGAUACGCGAACAAAUUUGAUGGGAAAGUGUCAUUGUAUCCGGGAUGUGAAGGCGGAGGGAGUAUGGAUUUGGAGAUAUGUCUUUCACCAGAUUUGAUGUGUGCUCUUGAAUCCGACAAGGAGUUCAUGGAGGCUAUCCUUUAAUCUAAUAUUUUAUGUACUAGAAUUUGCAAUGUUGAAGUUGAAUGCUUCACAAUUAGCCUUAUCUUGCAAACCAUGAAUUGAAUAAUUUAAUGGAUUGACUUAGUUUUAUGUUAA